CAUGUUUACGGGUUAGAAAUUGUACCUUUCACAAGUGUCAAAUAUUUUCGGGUCAUUUUGUUCGUGUAUUUCAUUGUAUAAAGUUAAUAAAAAAUCGGUAAUGAGUGCUCCAUUGUUCGCGUGUUCUAAAUGCUUUUCCAGACAUCCAUUCGAGGAAUUAUCGGCCGGCCAGCAAUUGUGUAAAGAAUGUAGGGGCGCAUUCCCUAUGGUGAAGUGCACGUAUUGUCGUUCGGAAUUUCAACAGACAUCGAAAGGAAGCACGAGUACUAUUUGUAAAAAGUGCGAGCAAAACGUUAAGGCUCACGGCAAACCUACCGCCUGCGAAUAUUGUAAUAUUAUAGCCGCAUUCAUAGGCAACAAGUGCCAGAGGUGCACUAACUCGGAGAUCAAGUAUGGACCCCCCGUCAACUGUGAACAGUGUAAACAGAAGUGCGCCUUCGAUCGUCACGACGAUGACAAAAAGGUCGAUGGCAAGUUAUUGUGCUGGCUCUGCACCCUAUCGUUCAAGAGAGCCCUGGCCAAAACUAAGCAGAGUGAAUCCGAUCGUCGUAUGAUUAAAAUGUCGCAGUUACGACAGAACAAACAUAAAGAUGGAAAAGUAAGAAGUCACAGUAAACGACCUCAACGAAUAGACGUGACAAAAAUGCCACCAACUGACGCAGACAACGGUCCCUCAGCAAAACUACCCCGUAAUAAUACGGGACCUGGUUUGAUUCGAGCUGAUGUUGAUCCCAAUAGUUCUGAUCACAUGGUUGCUAUGACUCAACUCAAAGAACAGAUCGCAAGUUUACAGAAACAACUAAAUCAAAAGGAUGGUUUAUUACUGAAUAAAGAUAAACAGAUAACUGAAUUGAAGGCGAAACAUUUUACAUUUGAAACGGAAUUUCGGAACAAGAUCAAAUUAUUGGAAAAGGAUCAUGAUAAUAAAGUGGACGGGUUGAAUUACCGGAUACAAACGUUAUUGAAGGAAAUAGCGAGUUUGUCGAAGAGCACUAAAAGAGAUCGUUUGUUAACCGCUAGGGAAUCCGCGAAUAACAGCGGCAGCGGAACUGAUAGCCCAAGCACUCAGUAAUUUUGUCAUCAAGAAAAGGUCUGGCACAAGUUAAAUAAAACGAAAAAAAAAAAACGGUUUUUCUUCUACUCCUAUUAAGUAGCUAAUUAAUAUGAUUGAAUAAAUAAUUUUGUUAAGAGAAAAUUAAGAAUUAAGAAAAAAAGAAGCUAUUUUAAAGGUUUUCUUUUUAAAAUAAUUGAACAUUUUAGUUAAAUUACAUUUUUUGAAGUUGUUUUAUUUUUUUAUUAUUAGUUUAAGUCGUCUCUUUCUGUAAGUAAAUGUAGUAAUUGUAAUUAUAAUAAAAUUGUGAACUGUAAUUCUAAAUGUUUAAAUAAAGGAGUCACCAAUUUUAUGUGGUAUAAA